UUUCCAACACACUUGUCUUGAACUGGCCACUUGACAAAAGAACACUGAACAGUGUUGGAACGCAUCGAAUCCACAGGGACAUUGAAAAAGAACAUCUUUGGUAGACACACUUUCCGGUAAAGAUGGCGCUGAUGGCGACACUGCGGAGGACGUGCUGCCUGUUGACAUCCAGACUCUCCGUCCUUCCUCUCGCCGCAGCUCAAACGCACAUCUCCGUCAGCUGCGACGUGGUGCCUCUGACCUCGCUGUCCAGACCUCCGUGGAGGGAGACGAGGCUGGUGCCAGAGGAGGAGGAGCGGCGGCAGCACGCCGUCCUGACGAGCGCCGUCAACCGACGGAUCGAGGAAGCCGACUUCGGUCGUCUCUUCGCCGUGGUGCACUUCGCCAGCCGCCAGUGGAAGGUGACGGACGAGGACCUGAUCCUGGUAGAGAAUCACGUGGAGGCGGUGUGCGGCGAGCGCCUCCGCCUGGAGAAGGUCCUGCUGGUGGGGGCGCGAGACUUCACGCUGGUCGGCCGCCCGCUGCUGGCCAAGGAGCUGGUGCGUGUGGACGCCACCGUACUGGAGAAGACUGAGUCGUGGCCCAAAGUGCACAUGCAGUUCUGGAGGAGGCACCGCUUCCAGCGCAAGAAAAUAAUAGUGCAGCCGCAGACCGUGCUGAGAAUUAACCGCAUACAGCUUGCGCCCGCGCUCACGUGAUCACAGGCCGCUUAAAAAGAAGAGAAAAAAAAACCUUGUUUGUUUGUUAAUUUGUACAAUUGAUCACAGGAAAACCCUGUGAGCAUUUAUUUGAUAUCCUACAAGUUCAUAGUAGUAGAAAGACUGGGGUGCACUUGUAGAACAGCUGUCUUACUAACGACGUUUUCCUCCCAUUACUCUAUGACAUCUCGGCGCACUAGUAGAACGACUAAAUGUAGUUCGAUGUAGAUGAAGUUAGCAAGAGAAUUUGUAAUGUGACUGGUAGUUCUAGUAGCACACAUUUGUCAACUAGUGCAGUUUUGCCUCACUUGUAACAGUUUUACUAGUGUACUGAAUUGCCUUGUGAGGACCAAGAGCAUAUUAGUACAUAGACAAAUCAGUGCACUAGUAGAAAGACUCUUAAUAGAUGUUUUUUUCCACUAUUGUAUGAGUACAAGUGACAUUAUACAAUUCUACUAGUAAACAUUAGCACUUUACUACUUGUUGUAGUAGGAUUUAGAUGUCAACUAGUGCAGUUUUUUGCCUCAGUAGUAGCAUUUGUUCAACAAGUGCACCCUAGUUAUUCCUACUAGUGCCCUGAAAUAUCUUCCUAGCGAGGACAAAGACUGUGCUAGUACAUCAUAGAAGUACCUUAAUAGUGAUGUUUUUUUUUUCCACUACUGCAUGACGUAUCUGCGCACUAGUAGAAUGAUGUUACUAGCAAAACCGUUCAGUAGUUGCUAAGUGCUACUAAGACUACUAGUGACAUAAAAUUCUACUAGUUCCACAUUCUGGGACUAAUAAAGGUUCUCAGUUACCGUCUAGGGCUUCACUAGUCAUACUAGUAGUGCAGUUAUGCCUCACUACUAAUGGAAUUGUCCUGCUAGUACUCCAAAGUUGCUUUACGAGUGAGGCAUGCACUAUUGACCACAUCGUACUAGUGACAAAAUUAAACUAACAUCUAGCACUUUAGUAAUACUAGUAGUGUGCAGAUGUCAACUGGUGCAGUUUGACCUCAGUAGAGUAACAUCUAGUUAGUUCUACUAGUGUGCAAAAAUGUCAUGCAGUAGUUAAAGGCAGAAGUAGAAAACGUUACUAAUGCGUCUUUAAUUGCUCAAACUGCUUUCCUAACAUGGUGCCCUCUCACGCACUUGUUCUAAAAAUAGUUCAGUGAUGGGACUUGUAGAAUCGAUCGUUUGAAAUAAAGUGUUAAAUAUUAUUCAUGUUUGUUUCCUACCUUGUGAAAUUAUUGUUGGGAGAAGAAACUGAUAAACUUUAUUUUUUUUCGCAAAUAAUCAUUAACUUAGAAUUUUAUGGCUGCGACAUAUUCCAAAAAAGCUGGGACAGGGGCAUCUUUACCACUGUGUUAGAUCACCUUUUCUUUUAACAACAUUCAAUAAACAUUUGGGAAAUGA